AUGGGAUUAGCUGAGUCUAAGGUUUCUACAUUUAUAUCCUCAACAUCCACAUCUGAAUAUAAUAAAUCUGUUGAAGAGGAAUCUCAAGAACUAUUUCUCAAAAAUGGUGUAAUCUGUGAGACAGAAUUAGUCGACAGAAAAUGCAAUGAUAUAUGUGAUGACAAUCAGGGUAAUAAUUCAAUGAAGAAGCAGAUUAUUUCAUGGAAAACAGUUGGCGCUACUAACAGACCAAGUAAAACGUAUUAUUUGGUCGAUGAUUCUUUUGAGUGUACACCAUCUUCAUCAUUGAAGAAUAACUCCAAAGUUGCCAGUGACAACAGUCAUAAUAAUCAACCCAAAAAACAACUACCUAUCAGUCAGUUAGUAAAACAACCUCCUGUGUCGAAAAUCUCGCUUACUGAUACUAACACUUAUAAUAUGAAUUUAAGCAAUAACAAGUGUCAAGCCUUAACAAAAAAUUUAACGAAAACUCCUCACUGCUUACAAACGUUCCCAGCAAACAACAUAAACUCAGAAAUUUACGAUAAAUGGUCAGAUACGCUUGAAAAGCAUUCCUGUCAGUGUCUUUUGGAUCGUAAAUGCGGACCUCAAUCAAACUUACUUUCGUCAGAGAAAACAGGUCUUCUACAACAAGAUAUAAUUGAAUUUUAA